AUGUCAAUAUCUCAGUGUGGCGUCUGCCAUGAGCAGGAGUCCAAGUACAAGUGUCCAAUAUGCGAGCUGAGAUAUUGCUCUCUUAUCUGCUACAGGACUCACAAGCUCAACCACACGGAUGAGAAAGCCACUGUGAUUCAGCAAGCCGCAGCCAGACAACGCGAUCGACCGGGCACGAAGCACCGAGUGCCAAAAGUCGACCUCACAGGCUUCGAGGACGAUGCCGAAUUCAAGCGUCUGAUGCAGAGAUACCCCAUGCUCCAGGCCCAGCUGCAGGUCGCAUAUGGCCUCACCCUCGAGCCCAGCCCUGAAGACAAAUUCAGCUGGAGCCGAGGACCAUUACUCGGUGCUCUCGACCCGAGCAGAGGCCGUUCGACACGCGGACGAGGCAACGACCGUAGGGGUGGCCGAGGUGGACGGGGUUCGCGGGGUGGCCGAGGUGGAAGGCAUGAUGUGGAAGAAGCCAGUGAGGAACGGCAGAGGGGAGCAUGGACGCAAGACAAAGGGGAUAAGGAGGCUUUGCUUGCUAUCAAGAAGAUGAAGACGGGUGGGGAGAGGGAUGAGAAGGCGGAGGGUAUGCGGGAAUUUGUUGAGUUGUGUCAGAUGAGAUUUGGCUCUGGAAGGGCGGAUAAGGGUGAAGCUGAGUUCAAGGCGGUGGGUGUUUGA